UACGUGAGGCCGCAGGCAGCUCUCACUCUGGCUGGGGGAGUUAGGCACUUGAGGGUACCCACCUGGGAGUUGGAGGUCUUGCUAUAGUCAGACGCUAAACACAGGACCUGGCGUGCAACAGUUGCCCUAUAAAUAGUGGCACGUUUGUGGUUCCUGAGGGACGGCUAACUAUCCAGGCUUGGCGGGGAAAGUGGCAUAAGGACCCGGCGCCUGGAAGUUGCGUCCCGGGAACCAGAGGGGUUGAUGUGCGCACGCGCCUCCUUCUGGGAGCGAUCCACCCCUGGGGCCCUGGCCUCGCCCCCUACGCGCGCUCCGGCCCCGCCCCUGGUGCGCGCCGCCUGCAGAGCUCCGGGAGCGGCGGCAAGCGUGGCUGAGACAGCAUGACUUUGGAGGCGAUCCGCUACUCGCGGGGCUCACUGCAGAUCCUGGACCAGCUGCUGCUGCCCCAGCAGAGCCGCUAUGAGGCGGUGGCCUCGGUGCGCCAGGCCUGGGAGGCCAUCCGCGCCAUGAAGGUGCGCGGCGCCCCAGCCAUUGCGCUCGUGGGCUGCCUCAGCCUCGCCGUGGAGCUGCAGGCGGGCGCCGGGGGACCCGGACUCGCCGCGCUCGUGGCCUUCGUACGCGACGCGCUGAGCUUCCUUGUCACCGCCCGGCCCACCGCCGUCAACAUGGCCCGCGCCGCCCGAGACCUGGCCGACCUCGCAGCCCAGGAGGCGGAGCGGGAGGGCGCCACCGAGGAGGCGGUCCGAGAGAGAGUGAUCCGCUGGGCCGAGGACAUGCUGGCAAAAGACCUCCAGGACAAUCGGAGCAUCGGGGACUUGGGAGCCCACCACCUCCUAGAGCAGGCAGCACCUCAGGGCGGCAAGGUGAUCGUGCUGACCCACUGCAACACUGGUGCGCUGGCCACCGCUGGCUAUGGCACAGCCCUAGGUGUGAUCCGCUCGCUGCACAACCUGGGCCGUCUGGAGCAUGCCUUCUGCACAGAGACCCGGCCCUACAACCAGGGAGCCCGUCUGACGGCCUUCGAGCUGGUCUAUGAGCAGAUCCCCGCCACCCUCAUCACAGACAGCAUGGCAGCGGCCGCCAUGGCCCACCAGGGCGUGUCAGCUGUCGUCGUGGGAGCCGACCGUGUGGUUGCCAAUGGCGACACAGCCAACAAGGUGGGCACCUACCAGCUAGCCAUCGCCGCCAAGCACCACGGUAUCCCCUUCUAUGUGGCUGCCCCCAGCUCCUCGUGUGACCUCUGUCUGGAAACGGGCCGGGAGAUCGUCAUUGAGGAGCGUCCUGGCCAGGAGCUGACCGACGUCAAUGGGGUCAGGAUUGCAGCACCUGGAAUUGGGGUUUGGAAUCCUGCCUUUGAUGUCACCCCUCACGACCUCAUCACUGGCGGCAUCAUCACAGAGCUGGGCGUCUUUGCCCCCGAGGAGCUCCGGGCAGCCUUAAGUGCCACAGCCACCCUAGAUGGACCCCAGAAGAAACCAACCUAGCUCUCCAUAUCCUGCCCCCAUUAUUUUUAUAAUAAACUUAUUGAAUGGUCU